AUGGAUGUCCUUGGGAAACCGAUCGAUGAUGACUCUGCACAUGAUAUUAUCUUGUUCUCACUCCAUGAUGGUUUUGACAUUGUCAAGCUCACUCAUAAUGAUGAGGGAUCGUCGGUGACAUUGAUCAAUCUUUUGCUUAACCAUGCUGAGGAGUUCCUGAAAAGGAGAGGAAGCGAAUGCUUCUUUUGCGGUAGUUGGCCAUGCCAUACAUCAGGGUGUCCCCACUAUACACCAGUGAAAAUAGAAUGUAAAGAAUUACUUGAUGUUUUUGUUGUAGAAAUUAACCUUACUUCAACUUCCACUUGGGUAUUUGAUACCGGUUGUGGUGCUCACAUCGUUAAUAACAUGCAGGGCUUGAGAGAAAGUAAGAAGUUAGUAAAAGGGGAAGUAACACUUCGAGUAGGAAAUGGAGCAAAAGUUGCUGCACUUGCUAUUGGAAGUUAUCACUUAAGACUUCCCUCUGGACUUAUUUUGGUGCUUAAUAACUGUUAUUAUGUACCAACAAUUACUAAAAACAUUAUUUCAGUUCCUAUUUCAGAUUCUGAAGGAUUUUCAUUUGAAAUAAGAGACAAAUGUUGUUUUAUUUCGAAAGAAAAUAUGUUAUAUGCUAACGCGAAGUUAAUUAAUGUUAACUCCUCCAGGAAUGCCACAGUUGAAUGGUGUGUCAGAAAGGAGGAACAGGACUUUACUAGAUAUGGUGAGGUCCAUGAUGAGCUUUACUGA